AUGGGACGCUUCAUCACAAUUCACCACCACCCCUCUCCCAUACGAGAACUUCUACAGGUCCAAACAGAGCCUCAGUGCUGCGGCUUUUGCUCGGCCACGCUGCACCACUGGCAGCAGUUAGCGCAGCCUCACCUCGGGGUGAUCCUGGACGCCCGGCCGGGGGUCGUGCCGAAAGGAUACAGACCCCUGGAGCUGGAGCUUGAGCAGGUUUAUCCGUGGGGGGGCUUUGAGGAGGAAGAGCCAGGAGAGCAGUACUUCCAGAAUCUUCCCACCUCCUCCGCCUCUGCCUCGUCCGCCGUGCCCCCCACCUCCACCUCCAUCACCGCGGCCACCAGCAUCGGGCAGCCUCCCACCCCCAUCCUCACUCCACCUUCACCCCCCUCCCCAUCACCAUCUCCACAUCUCAGCAACUUAGAUGCCUUGGCUGCAUACUACCCAGGUAAAUGCAUGGCCCACACCAGCUCCACCUACACCUUCACUACCUGUCGGAUCCUCCACCCGACGGAUGAGCUGACCCGGGUCACACCCAGUCUGAACCCUGUCCCCUCGUCAUCCUCCUGUGUGAUGACCAGCUCUCUGUUGGGGACCCCUGCUGUGACGCCCUGCACCCCCCGCAGGCUCAGCCUCAUGCCGUCCGAAUCCUCCACCAACCUCAGAGAUGCGACACGCACCACCAGCACCUCCCUGGGGCUGGUGCGCCUCCUGCAGGAGCGAGGGAUCUCAGCAGCCAUGUAUCACCAGAGCCAGGGCCUGGAAUACGGCCAGGGCAACGGGGGGGUCCUAUUCAGCACCUCCAUCACCCCUAACAGAGCCCCCAACCCCGACCCCCUGCGCCCCUCCACGCUUCCAAACUCCCCCACGGGACCGGGAGCUUCAGCCGUGCCGACGUCCGCUGGCUUCAACUUGAAAAGCCCUUCCUACGACAACUUCCUCACCUCCAGACCGGCCCGCUCCAUCCUGAAGGAGGUGACGGGGAGGAUGAGGGGCCGGCAGAGAGGGAGGGACUGCGAGAGCCAGACGGACGUUAGCGUGAACGUACACAACCUCAACCUGCUGGACAAAGUGAAGAGGUUGGGUGUGGCCGGAGCUCCAGGGGGGAGAACCAUGAGUCCCGGGCCCAUCCUGGGGCCUCUGGGCGGGCUGCGGCGGUCCGGCUCCCCCUUUGGACCCGAUGGGAUGAGGAGGAAUCCAGCCAUGGUGGGGGCCGGCAUGGCUAUGAAAGGCCCAGGACCUCAGGAGUAGCCUGGACUGCUGCUGGGCUUUAGGGUGGCCGGAAACUGACUGAAAAUGACUGACACUGAUCAUACUGUUCGGCAACAAAAACUCUUUUUAAUCACUUCUGGUUCCACACUGACACUUUCCACUCUUAAAAUGCUUUAAGGUGGUGGCCCAUGCUUUAAUUAAAAGCAAAAAACCAAAAUUCCCCAAACAAUAUUAUUGCAAAAAAAAAAAAAA